GCUGGGGGCCCCGCCCCCGUCCCCCGGCCUGCCCCCGUCGUGGGCCGCGAUGAUGGCGGCCCUGUACCCGAGCACGGACCUCUCGGGCGCCUCCGCCUCCUCCCUGCCGUCCUCCCCAUCCUCCUCUUGGUCGCCGAACGAGGUGACGGCUCUGAAGAAUGUGCGGGAGGUGAAGGAGGAGAACACCCUGAAUGAGAAGCUUUUCUUGCUGGCGUGCGACAAGGGUGACUAUUAUAUGGUUAAAAAGAUUUUGGAGGAAAACUGUUCAGGUGACUUGAACAUAAAUUGCGUAGAUGUGCUUGGGAGAAACGCUGUUACCAUAACUAUUGAAAACGAAAACUUGGAUAUUCUACAGCUUCUUUUGGACUACGGUUGUCAGUACUCCUCACCUGGGCAUUUUGCCCUGCCCCACCCAAGGGGUUGUUUGGAAUUGCCUGGAGACAUUGUUCGUUUUCACAGCUACAAGUCCACAGAUGCACUUUUGGUGGCAAUCGACUCUGAAGUAGUGGGAGCUGUUGAUAUACUACUUAAUCAUCGGCCAAAACGAUCAUCAAGACCAACUAUAGUAAAACUAAUGGAAAGAAUUCAGAAUCCUGAAUAUUCAACAACGAUGGAUGUUGCACCUGUCAUUUUAGCUGCUCAUCGUAACAACUACGAAAUUCUUACAAUGCUGUUAAAGCAGGAUGUGUCUCUACCCAAGCCCCAUGCUGUUGGCUGUGAAUGCACGUUGUGUUCUGCAAAAAACAAAAAGGACAGCCUCCGACAUUCCAGGUUUCGUCUUGAUAUUUAUCGAUGCUUGGCCAGUCCGGCUCUAAUAAUGUUAACAGAGGAGGAUCCAAUUCUGAGAGCAUUUGAACUUAGUGCAGAUUUAAAAGAACUAAGCCUCGUGGAGGUGGAAUUCAGCAAUGAUUAUGAGGAGCUAGCUCAGCAAUGUAAAACGUUUGCUAAAGAUUUGCUUGCACAAGCCCGGAAUUCCCGCGAAUUGGAGGUGAUCCUAAACCAUACAUCUAAUGAUGAGCCUCUUGACAAACGGGGAUUACUAGAAGAAAGAAUGAAUUUAAGUCGUCUUAAACUUGCUAUAAAAUAUAACCAAAAGGAGUUUGUCGCCCAGUCUAACUGCCAGCAGUUUCUGAACACCGUUUGGUUUGGACAAAUGUCAGGUUACCGACGUAAGCCCACCUGUAAGAAGAUAGUGACUGUUUUGACAGUUGGCGUCUUUUGGCCUGUUUUGUCACUUUGUUAUUUGAUAGCUCCCAAAUCUCAAUUUGGUAGAAUCAUUCACACACCUUUUACGAAGUUUAUUAUUCACGGAGCAUCAUAUUUCACGUUCCUGCUGUUACUAAACCUGUACUCUCUUGUCUACAAUGAGGAUAAGAAAAACACAAUGGGGCCAGCCCUUGAAAGAAUAGACUAUCUUCUUAUACUGUGGAUUUUUGGGAUGAUUUGGUCAGACAUUAAAAGACUCUGGUAUGAAGGGUUGGAAGACUUUUUAGAAGAAUCUCGUAAUCAACUCAGUUUUGUCAUGAAUUCCCUUUAUUUGGCAACGUUUGCCCUCAAAGUGGUUGCUCAUAGCAAGUUUCAUGACUUUGCUGAUCGGAAGGACUGGGAUGCGUUCCAUCCCACACUGGUGGCCGAAGGGCUUUUUGCAUUUGCAAACGUUCUGAGUUAUCUUCGGCUCUUUUUUAUGUAUACGACCAGCUCUAUCUUGGGUCCAUUACAGAUUUCAAUGGGACAGAUGUUGCAUGAUUUUGGAAAAUUUCUUGGGAUGUUCCUUCUUGUCUUGUUUUCUUUCACAAUUGGCCUGACCCAGCUGUAUGAUAAAGGCUAUACUCCAAAGGAGCAGAAGGACUGCGUCGGCAUCUUCUGUGAACAGCAAAGCAAUGAUACCUUUCACUCGUUCAUUGGCACUUGCUUUGCCUUGUUCUGGUAUAUUUUCUCCCUAGCGCAUGUGGCCAUCUUUGUCACAAGGUUCAGCUAUGGAGAAGAGCUGCAGUCCUUCGUUGGAGCUGUUAUCGUUGGCACCUACAACGUGGUGGUUGUGAUCGUGCUUACGAAGCUGCUGGUGGCGAUGCUUCACAAAAGCUUUCAGUUGAUAGCAAAUCAUGAAGACAAAGAAUGGAAGUUUGCUCGAGCAAAGUUGUGGCUUAGCUACUUUGAUGACAAAUGUACCUUACCCCCGCCUUUCAACAUCGUUCCUUCCCCGAAGACUAUCUGCUAUAUCGUGAGUAGCCUCAGGAAGUGGAUUUGUUCUCAUACAUCAAAAGGCAGGGUCAAACGGCAAAACAGCUUAAAGAUUGAAUUGUGAGAAAACUGACAUUUUAAGCAAUUCGUCCAAGGUUGUGUAAUGGAUGACUUGAGAUGCUGAAUUUGAUGUAUCAGGUAAGAUAUAUCCAAAAGCUUUGGUUUUUUUGAGUUGAUUUCUCAUACAGUAGGUUUAUCUUGGUCAGAGAACAAAACUUAAAAUAUCUAGUGCCUGCUUUUCUGAAUGAUUAGUUUAUUAAGAACUUUUCAUUUUAUGACUAGGGUCAAAAGCAGAGACCAACAAGAUGAGCAAGAGUUAGAACAAAAGGAUGGACAGUGAAGUAGUAAACAUAAAUAGAAGAACAGAAUCCAGCCUCAGAAAAUAACAAGCCAGGCCAAGGCAGGACCAGAAGAGUGUUUAGAAUGGCAGAACUGGCUAAUUUUAUUUCUGUAGUGAUUGAUUGCUAACCAAAACAUCUAUGGCUCAAAACCACCAGCAGCUCCAUGGGAGAAGGAUGUGGCAGUCUGCUUCUGUAAAGGUUUACAGCCGUGGAAACUCUGUGGGGUCGCUAUGAGUUGGAAUCGACUUGAUGGCAGUGGGUUUUUUUUUUUGGCCACUGUACAUCCUGAGAAAUUUAUAUAUUCAAGGAUCUAGAAACAUUUUUAAGACCUUUACGAGACAUUAGGGAAUCCUUGGGUGAUACAAACAAUUAACAUGCUGGGCUGCUACCCAAAAGGUUGGAGGUUCUACUCUACCUGCAGGUGCCAGAGAAGAAAGGCCCGGUGAUCUUCUGGAAAAACCAGCCAUUUUUCAGAAACUCUGUGGAGCACAGUUCCUCUCUGACAGACACGGAUCACCACAAGUCAGAACUGACUCAGAGCCUACUGGUUAAAAGGAAUCUCAAGGAGGAUCUGAUUCAACUUUCUCAUUUUUCAGAUAAGGAGACUGCGGGCAAUGAAUUACUUAGUAUGGCCCUUCUAGUCAUAGUCUUUGCAACUCCUACCAAGCGAUUGGGUGGGACCAUGCCAAUAAGGGAUAUGGAACCCUAACGAGGGGAUUGGUCAAGUUUUGCCAUCCCGCUAGGUUAAAAAUGAGCCAUCCUAGACGUGGGAGGAGAGGAUCUUGCCAUCAUUAAGAAAGAAGAACCAUGAGUGAAGCACAUCUUUUGGACCGAGAAUCCCCAUGCUGAGAAGCUCCUGGAACCAGGAGACCAAGAGAGAAAGGUAGAGAGAGCUGUAACACCAAAGAUGGCAAAAAACCAGCAGCAGCAGCAGCAAAGCCGAGACCACCAGGAGGCAGCCCAGCCCACAGAGCAAGAAAGCUGAAUGUCUUUGGGCAGGAGGCAUGCUAGCGGGACUAGGAUGCCUCUGGGCACUUGGUGGAGCUAGAUUUGCCCGCCCACAGAGCUAGACUGAGCAGGCCGAGGCUUAUUGGCAGAGUGAGGUGCCCUAGGACACUUAUCCGCAGAGCUAAAAGAGCUUUGUAACACCUGCCCGGGCAGAGCAGAGGCCGAGGGGUCAGAGAGAGACCUGCGUGUGGGCACAGCUAAGAGGCUGUCCUGAUGGAAGAACUGUAUCCUGAGUGUUCCUGAGCCUAAACUGUAACCUUCACUUCCCUAAGACCCUACCGUAAUUGUGAGUAUUGUCUGUGAGUUCUGUUUGGCUGUUGCAAUGAAUUAUCAAACUCUGCAGAGAAGUAGAGAGUGCUGUUGGAGGGAUGGUUGGUGUCAGAACGGGUAAAGUUGUUGGAGAGAGGAGACAUGUCUCAUAGGAAUCAGCCUUGGGCUGUGGAUCUUGAUUCUUCUUCCCCCUCAUGAAGUUAUAGAAGGUCAGACACCACCCUCAUACCAUUUUUACAGAGACUAAAGCUCUCUUAAUGCUAUAUCAAAACACAAACCCACUGCCGUCGAGUCAAUUCUGAUUCAUAGCAACCCUAUAGGGCUGAGUAGAACUGCCCCAUAGAGUCCGCAAGGAGCGCCUGGUGGAUUUGAACUGCCAACCUCUUGAUUAGCAGCUGUAGCACUUAACCGCUACACCACCAGGGUUUCCUAAUGCAGUAACCAAACCCAGACCCAGUGCCGACAGUGAAUGAGAAUUCAAGUCUUUCCUCCUUGUCCAGGAAGCUCUUAAUUGCAUUAUGUUACGGUUAAUGUUAAUUCCUUGUUUGUGAGAUGAAGUAAUCAGCUACAUGAAAUCUUACUCUAAGCUUGUAAAUUUUCAUAAUAGGUUUCUAUACUUAAACACUUCAUCUCACUGUUUAAAUGUAACCUAAUGUUAGUAUCAGAAUGCCACAAGGACAUUCUUUAAGCAAAAGAUGUUCCCAAUUUAUAUCAAAAUUUAGCCUUUUUAAAUCCAGUUGUUGACUUUGUUUUGAAGAGGAAGAAGCAAAUUACAAAAAAAGUCAAAAUCAGGAUUUUUAAUAGUAACUUUAAAAUCUCUCAGAACAAAUGUCUGUGUACAUCCCAGAGCUGCCCAGUCUAAGUACCCAGUUCUGUACAUCCAUGUGCAGUCUCACACUUGUACAUCCAUAGGUGCUGUGUUAGAGACUGGUACUGUUUGAGUAAUGACCCUGAGGUACUUAAUUCAAGGCUAUUAUUUAUAAAAGAUAAAAUAAUAUUCCAUAUUUGGUCUUAUGCUAGGGAUUAUGUAUAUACAUAUAAGGGACAAAUUUGUGAAACUCUGUUACCGCUAAUCAUUUACUGUAGGUUACUUUGGGUUUUCUAUUUAAACAAUCAUAUCAUCUUUGCAUUAUAAUAAUCUUCUUUCUUCCUUUCCAAUCCUUUGUAUCAACUUUCUUUUUCUUACAUUACUGCAAUGACUGGACCUUCCAGUACAAUUUUUAAUUGAAACGGUAAUUUCAGGCAUUCUUGGGUCACUGACCUUAAAGGAAAUGCCUUUAAUAUUUCACCAUUAAGUAUGAGGCUUGAUACAGGUUUUCUUGGCAUUUUAGGGAAGUUCCCUUCUAUUCCUAGUUUGCUCAGAUUUAUUUUUGUCAUGAAUAAAUGUUAAAUUAAAUCAAACGCUUUUUUCUGGAUUAUUAAGAUCAACAUUAAAUCAACCAUGGUUUCAUGGGACAUGAUCAUGAUGUAUUUUGUUUGAUAAUAUUUUGCUUCUUUUUCCACUUGUGUUCAUAAGUGAAAUCAGAUUCGUAAUUGUCCUAUCUCAUAUUGUUUGGUAAAGUUUUGGUAUUAAGGUUAUGCUUCUUCUUUAUUUAUACUCUGGAAUAAUUUAUGUUAGAUUGGCAAUCUUUGCCCCUUAGAUGCUUGGUAGAUCGUCCAAGUAAAACUAUCUAGGCCUUCAGUUUAUUUGAGGAAAGAUUUUAAACUGCUGAUUCAAUUUAUUUAAUGGCUAUAGGACUACAUAGGUAUUAUAUUUCUACUUGAGUCAGUUUUGAUACUUUCUUUUCUAGGAAUUUGUCUGUUUUAUCCAAGUUUUCAAAUCUAUUGGCAUAAAUGGUUCAUAUCAUCUUAAUACUUAAGAUUUUGCAGCCUCUGUAAUAAGGUCUCCUUUUUAUUCCUACAUUAUUUUGUUGUCCCUUUUCACUUCUGUUCUUGAUUGAUGUUGUCAGGGUUUUGUCAGUCGUGUUAGUCAUUUUAGGAGUUGGAAUCGACUCGAUGGCAGUGGAUUUGGUUUGGUAUUAGUCAUUUUAGAAAACCAACUUUUGACUUUGUUGAUUUUCUCUAUGAUUUUUAUUUUACUUAAUUUCUGCUCUCAUGCUUGUUUUCUUCUAUCUUUUAAAAAUUUAGUCUGCCUUUUCUUUACUAACUUCCUACUUUGGAUACUUCACUAAUUGGUUUUCGCCCUUUCUUUUAUAAUGUAAACAUUUAAGAUUAUAAAUUUUAAAGUGCUACUUAAGCAGUAUUCCAUACAUAUCUGUAUGUAACAUUUCUAUUAUAGUUCAGUUCUUAAUAUUUUCUAUUACGGUUUCUUUUUGAUAAUGAGUUAUUUAAAAGCACAUUGUACAAUUUUCCACAUAAGGUUUUUUCUGUUAUCUUUUUUGUUAUUAUUGGUUACUUUUAUUGUUAGUAUUGUUAGUUUCCAAUUCUUCAUUGUUGUUGGAGAACAUGGUAAUACUGCUUUGGAAUUUUUUUGAGAUUUGCUUCAGUGUGCAAUCAGUGGGCAAGUUUUGAAAUUGUUGCAUACAAACUAGAAAAUAAUGUGUCUUUAGUUCUGUUCUAUGCAUAUCCAUUAGGUAUAUUCUGUCAAUUGUGUGGUUCAAAUCCUCAAUAUGUUUCCUGUUUUGCCUUUUAAAUCUGUUGGUUACUGAGAGAGAGAUGUUAAAAUCUCCCACUAUGAUGGUGGACUGCCAAAAGAACGAACAAAUCUGUCUUGGGAGAAGUGUGGCCAGAAUGCUCCUUAGAGGCAAGGAUGGCGAGACUGCGUCUUACAUACUUUGGACAUGUUGUCAGGAGGGAUCAGUCCCUGGAGAAGGACAUCAUGCUUGGCAGAGUACAGGGUUAGUGGAAAAGAGGAAGACCCUUAACGAGGUGGAUUGACACGGUGGCUGCAACAAUGGGCUCAAGCAUAGCAACAUAGCUCAGGCAUACCUUAUAUAGAUGGUAAGGAUGGCGCGGGAUCGGGCAGUGUUUCGUCCUGUUGUGCAUAGGGUCGCUGUGAGUCGGACCCGACUCGAUGGCACCUGACAACAACAACGUGAUGGUCGUACUGUUGUUAGUUGCUGUGGAAUUGGCACGGUGACCUUGUCUGUAACAUUGCCUGCGCCGUCUUCCUGAUCGUUGGUAUGUUUGAGUCCAUUUUUGUGGCUGCUGUGUCAACCCGUCUCACUGAGGGUUUCUUUGACCCUCUGCUUUACCAAUCAUGAAGUCCUUUUCUAGCGAUUGGUCUUUCCUAAUGACAUGUCCAAAGUAAGCAAGACAGAGCUUCAUUCACAAAAGAGACUAGACUUACUGGUCUGACAGAGACUGGAAAAAAUCUAGAGUAUGGACCUCGGACACCCUUUUAGCGCAGUAAUGAAAUCACUCCUGAGGUUCACCCUGUCGAAGAUUAGACAGGCUCAUAAAACAAAAUGAGACUAAAGGGGCACACCAGCGCAGGGGGAAGGACAAAAAGCAGAAGGAGAAAGGAAAGCUGGUAAAUGGGGAGCCAAUGUAGAGAAGGGGAGAGUGUGGACAUGUCGUGGGGGUGGUAACCAGUGUCACAAAACAGUAUGUGUACUGAUUGUGUGAUUGUUUAAUGAAAAGCUAGUUUGUUCUGUAAACCUGCAUCUAAAAUAUAAUAAUUAAAAAAAAUUUUUUUUUAAUUAUAAAACUGAAAGAAAAAGACUUCAGGGGAUAUUUCUAGUUUAAGGUUUAAAGAUUACUUCAAGGCAGUAGUUUCAGGGAUUCAUCCAGCCUUUAUGGCUCUACAAAGUCUGGAGUUCAUAAGAAUUUGAAAUUCUGUUCUGCGUUUUCUCCCUUUUGAUGAGGAUUCUUCUAUAGUUGUUUUUGGGCCGAUUUUGGGGUUUGUUCAGCUGUUAGGAGGGCUCUCCUUAGCUUCUUUUUUCCCCUGUUCUCUCUGAUAAACUAGGUAAACUGACUGGCCUAUGGUUUAGCUUGUUGCUGUCACAAAACUACCGGCUCUUUAAAAAAAAAAAAAUUUUUUUUUUUAAUUCCUAAAAGAGAAGAUAUGGAACCCCCAGAAGUCAUCUAAUCUAAUGCCCUCAGUUUAUAAGUGAGGAAACUGAAGUUCAGUCAAAAUAAAUGAUUUGAUAAACAAGAAAGAAUUAAAGAAUAAUUACUGGGCCAGAAAGAACAGCUUCACUGUUCAGCUUGAUCAUUGCUAUGUUAUGAAUAAUUGAAUUAAGAGACGAACUGGUGUCAUAUAUUAUUAACCACUAAUCACCUAAAUAUGGAAUUCCUGCAUGGCACAAACAGUCAAGCAGUGGGCUAUUAACCAAAAGGUUGGCAGUUGGAGUCCACCCAGAGGCACUUCAGAAGAAAAACCUGGUGAUCUGCUUCCAAAAGGUCGGUCAUUGAAAACCCUAUGGAACGCAGUUCUACUCUAUAACACGUGGGGUCGCUGUGAGUUGGGUUCAGCUGGACCAUGACUCGUUUGGGUUUUUUAAGCACCUGAAUAGUUUUAAGUGUUGGGUCAGGUGUGUCAGUGGUAUGACAUUUUUACCUUUCUAUGACUCAAGUCCCCACUCAGAAACCUAUGGAAGUCUUUCCACUGGUAAUACAGAUCAAAAAGGGUCGGCAGUUCAAAUCCACCAGCCACUCCUUGGAAACCCUAUGGGGCAGCUCUACUCUGUUCUGUAGGGUCGCUAUGGGUCAGCAUGGACUCAAUGGCGCACAACAACAACAAAAACAACAAAAGAGCUUUGUAACAGUUGCCUGAGCAAGGCAGAGGCCUAGGGCCAUAGAGAGGUGUGUCUGCAAGCACAGCUGAAAAGAGGCUGUCCUGAUGGAAGAACUAUAUCCUGAGUGUUUCUGAGCCUGAAUUGUAACCUGUUACUUUCCUACUAAACCCCAUAAUCAUGAGUAUGGUCUGUGAGUUCUGCGUGGCCAUUGCAAUGACUUAUUGAACCCAGCAGAGAAGUAGAGUGCCAUGGGAGGAAGGGUUGGUGUCAGAAUUGGUAAAGACGGCAGAGAGAGGAGGCAGGUCUGACCUCUGCCUUACAGGAGUCAGCCUUGGGCUAUUGACCUUGAUUCUCCUCCCCCUUGUGAAGUGAGAGGAGAUCAGGUGCUGCCUCCACACUGUUCUUACAGAGUUAAGACUCCUAGGCUUGAUUCUUGCCCUGCCCCUUAGGAGAUGUGUGCCCUGGGCAAGUCACUAAAUAUACCUGAGCUUCAGUUUCAAUUACAAAACAAAGAUGGACCAGAUCCCAGAGGGACCCCUUCUAGCUCAAGAGUUUCUGAUUCUGCAGACUGAAUUACAGUGUAAUUACAUUAUUGGGCCCAUUUAGUCCCUGAAAUUCUUGGAAUGCCAAUUCUUUUAGCGAAGUGUAAACUGAUACAAAGGCAACCUUAUAUGUAAAUAAGAGGUGUAUUUAUAUAACGGCACAAACCAUUAAAUGCUUGACUAGUAACCAAAAGGGUGGCAGUUCAAACCCACCCAGAGAUGCCUCGAAAGAGAGGCCUAGCAAUCUGCUUCUGAGAGGUCACAGCCUUGAAAACCCUAUGGUGUGCAGUUCUACUCCGUAACACAUGGGGUCGCAUCAGAAGUUGGAAUUGACUUAAAGGUAACUGUUUUUUUUGUGUGUUUGUUUUAUUCUUUUCACAGUGUUCCACUUUCUGUAAAAACACAUCGAAUGGCUACUGUAUAAUCAUUUUAUAAUAUUUUAUUAAGCAUUGAUUUUUUUAAAAAAAAAAUGCGAGAAAGCAAUGUAACACCUCAGAGUAAAUGCUUAAAGAUAAAACAAAUAUCAUUAUAAAUAUUGCACUUAUAAAAUUCUCUUCUUUUUACAUCUUCACACAACUCAUUUCCAAAAACCCUUUGACAAAAACAGAGAUGUAUAAAUAAACUGCUUCCAAGCGGUCAGCGCAGCAGUAAGCCUGCAGGUCUUCCAUCAGAUUUCCGCUCCUCCUGGUGCAGGCACAGAACUUCCAUCAGCGAUCUCAGAGGUCUAGCACCUACAUCAUGUGAAGAGUAAGUCAGUCCGAUCACUGGAAUGCUUGUUAUUUUGUUUUGUAAGUUUUUUUUUUUUCCUACUGAGAGAAAAUAGAUCUUUCAAAGACAAUGACAGACCGCAGCAUAACUUUUCAGUGUUCCUUGUUAACACUGCUUGGUUUCUAAGGCAUUCAGGAGCUUCUGACUCUUGGUCUUGAACGUCAUGAUAAAGCUGUCUGGCAUGAUUCUGCCUCGCCCAUCUUCAUCCACUUGGCCCAUAAUAAUAUAAUUUAGACCUUAAAGAAAGAAUAGAAAAUUAAAAUUUCUCUAUAUGCACUGGUUUGAUGCACCUUAGACUAUAACUUAAAAAAACUAUAACUUACCUGGAGAUAAAUGUUCUGUAAAGGAUAUAAGUGUACAUUUGUUCUAUCUAGACUAAAAUCUGGUUUACGGCUCUAAUGGGCCAAGAGAGAAAUUCAACUAAGUAACAUACUCCAGCUCUGCCAUCACGAGGAAGUUGGACCGUGUGAUAUGUGAAUUCCUGUCCCACUCUGCAGUGCUCUAGGUCUGCUGCGUUUACCCAGGGCCUUCGAAGGACAAUGCCCUGUGUUAACGCAGAAGGCUCGCCUCCCUCCAGAGCCCCCGGCGCUCCCCCAGAUGGCCUUAGUCCUAUCAAGCUUCCGGGCUUCCACACAUUUAGCAAGUAAUCUCCACUCUUCUGUUGUUUGUUCUGAACUUUUCUCAACAUCUCAAGCACUUUGUAAGCUUCUUGAGGACGCGGAUGGGUCAUAAACUUCUUUGCAUUCUUGUAGUUCCGUGCAAAAAAAUAAGUGUUAAAAUGUAUUUAUAUCUGUUACUAUUUUUUUAUACAUCAGUGGAUCUAGCUAGGUUAGACCUGGACUUGGGUGUGAGCUGUGGUGUGUUGGGUUCAACUCUGGAGAUUUAUAUUACCUCCAAAAAAUGUCAUAUUCUCUCAUGCGUGUUAUCACCUCAUUAAUGCUCCGCUUCCACCUGUGCGUUGUAAGAGAAAUACGGGUUUCCCUUUUCUCUAGCAUAAUCCUGCCUCUGGGGUGCUCAUUGUCAUCAUAGUGGUCUUGAGCCAAUGAAAGCUUGGCUGGCCGGGCAGGUGGGUGCACCUCCGGGCUGGACAGCUAGCACCACUAGGAGACUUUGUCUUCUCAGGGUGUGCAUUAUUUGCUCUUCCCAGGUGCUUUGUUCUUGUUUAUUACCACUGAGUCGAUUCUGAUUCAUGGCGACCUCACGUGUACAGAAUAGAACUGCUCCAUAGGGUUUUCAAGGCUGUGACCUUUCGAAAGCAGAUCGGCAGGCAUGUCUUCUGAGGCAUCUCUGGGUGGGUUCCAACCACCAACCUUUUGGCUGGUAGUCGAGUGCUUAACUGUUUGCGCCACCUGGGGACUCCUUAGCAGCUUUGGAAGGACCUAUUUAUCUCUUACAGAACCUCUCCUAUUCCCUCCAAAGGGGGUCAACACGAGGCUGCUAGAUCCCUCUGAAUUUACAGGAAGGAUUUCUUGAAAUGGAUAUUCCGCAUUUCUGUCUGCGUGUUUUAUAUGGUUUGGUUUGAUUGUGGGAGAGGAUGGUGACAAGACUGAGAAAAAUGAUGGGCUGAGAUUGGAUGGAGAGAUCACGUCACACAGUGCUACUAUGCAUGACUACGCUUCCAAAGAAAGAUCUAUCUACAUACGCUGUUAUGGGAAGAUGUCUAUGUGUAUAGUAUGUGGGCACAAAAGCUGCAAUAGAGCACUAUGGUAUGAGCCCGUUCAUGUAAGUUGAGCUCAUGUACAUGUGUGCACAUGCCUUACAUGGACAGGAACUUUCUGGAAUGAACUUUUCACAGUACCUCUGGGGAAAAAGAAAGGGGAUUUUCACUUUUUAUUUUAUACCCAUUUCUGCUUAUUUAACCUUUUUUAAAAACCAUGGAACAUACAUUACUUUUUUAAGUUAAAAAAAAGUCCUGUCCCCUGGCCCUGUAGUCACUUUCCUUUUUCCAUGAUUUCUCUUAAUAAACUCAUGCACAUCCAUGGACUUAAUGGUCCCAUCUCUGCCAGUUAUUCCCAAAUCUUUAAUUCUAGCCCAGAUAUGCCUCUCUCUAAUGAACUUCAGCCCUGCAUUUCCUGUUGCUUGCUGGAUUUUCUUCUAAAUAUAGCAUUGGUACCUUAAAUGCAAUUGUCUAAAAUCUCUUUCCCCUGAACUGGUGUCUCUGUGUCUUUUUCCUAUUGAUCCAUUUUCACAUGCUUCUUGGACUCAUUCAUCCUAGUUUAUUUAUUAUUUCCACUACCUCUUCUUCUUCCACAGGUUAUCAAGAACUAAGAUUAGAGGCCUAAUCCUGCUGACACCCAAGGCCUUCCAUCUAUACCAGAAAUGGCCAAUAUAUCAGCCCUGGCUUUACUUCGCUAGAGCUCUGGGAAGGGCCCUAGUUGUGCAGUGGUUAAGCGCUUGGCUGGUAACCAAAAGGUUGGUGGUUUGAACCCAACAGUGGCUCCACAGGAGACAGAUAUGGCAGUCUGCUUCUGUAAAGAUUACAGUCUUGGAAACCUGUGGGGUAGUUCUACUCUGUCCUGUAGGGUUGCUAUGAGUUGGAAUCAACAUCAGCACUGGGUUUUGGGUUUGGCAGAGCCCUGGUGGUGCAAUGGUUAACCACUCAGCUGCUAACUGUAAGGUCAAGGUUGAUGAUUCAAACCCACCAGCCCCUCCGAGGGAGAAAAUACCUGGCAAUCUGCUCGUAAAGAUUACAGCCUAGGAAACCCUAUGGGGCAGGUCUGCUCUGUCAUAUAGGGUCGCUUUGAGUUGGAAUUGACUCGAUGGCACACAACAAGAGUAGCCCUGGCAUGGAAAAGGUCCCUGACUUGCUCCACGACUUGUGCCUUCUCUGUCCCCAAGCUCUCCUAGGAAAGGGACUAAGGUUUUCUUCCUUACUUACCUCUUCUGAGGAGAGGGCACUGCUUGCAGACCACAAUGACCUUGGCACUCAUGUUCUUGCCUGCCUGCUGAAUCGCCAGAUUUCCCUCUUUAUAGAUGUUGAUGAUGGAGAUCGUGGCAUGCAGGCUCCCACCUCGAGUGAUGGUUGUGAUAACGGUGCCGGCCAACACUGCAGAAGAAAGCAUUUUUUGAUAUAAUGACAGUGAAGGUAAAUGUAAGCAGAAUUGAAAACAAUUUUACAUUCUUCUAAGUUUCAGGUAUGAAAAAUUUUUAAGUUAAAGAAAAGGCUCUGAUAGAGCUCUCAAAUUCGAUCCUAUAUAUUUGUCACUAAAAUUUAGGUCAAACAAGGGGCUAUGAAGCUGUAAGGUUACCUGGUUUUUAGGUGUUGGUAACUAAGAGAAGAACCUAAAUACUACCACCUGCAGUCUAUUGCUGAGAUGAGGACGCUUCAGAGUGUUUACACAUACAUGUGGAUCAAUUACCAAGUAAGAGCCAAGCUCAUGAGCCUCUAGCUGUGAACACUCAGUAAGACCUUUAAUCUUUAGAAGCAAAAAAAAAAAAAAACCAGGGUAAAAUGGUAUUGAUUGGGUAUGAUGAGGGUCUGAGCUACUGAAAUCUAAGUCCUUGUGUCUAGGUGGGAAAGUGUCCCCCUGUCUGUGUCAAAUCCGUCCCCCUCUCUAUUUAGUGUCCCUCUGUCCUUGAACUUUGGAUUCAUCCUUCGGGUAGCCAUUUCUCUCUGAUUAUCAGUAAAUCUCUUUCUCAGAGUCUUUAACAUUCUCUCUCCCUUAUCUACUCUGUUAAGCUCAUUUAACAAGUCAAUGUAUAAAAUGGAGGUAUAAUUUAAAACAUUUUCUUGCUUAAAAAAAAAUUCUAGCAAAAUUUAGUUGCUUUUCCUGAAUUAUACAUGUAGAAAUUGUUGAUUUGGUGAAGAAGAAGAAAAAAAAAACAAAUUCCAUUGCUUUCCAUUAUGUAACUCUCUCUUUUUUCCGUUGUGACACUCAGUAGAGAGAAGGGUCUCACCACUGAACCACAGAAGCAAAGAUGCUGUGUUUCUCAAAGGAGUGCUUUCGGCAUUUAGAGAAACAAUUCCUGAUGGUGCAGGACUGACUAGCUUUGCAUUGAAAGAAUUUUUACCAGAUCUGUCCUUGCCCAUAAAAGCCAAUAGCAUUCCCCAGUUAUUGGGAUGACCGAAACUUCCCCAGGGAAGCUUCACUAAUCCGGGCUGAGAACCAGUGGGCGCUAGCAAUAGGCUGUAGUCCUUU